AUAGUGCAACGGCCGAAGAGCACGUACAUGUAAUUUAGAAAUGAGCAUAUUCUGAUGUCCCGUUUUGUCUCUGAACAUGGAUCAGCCAUGAUUUGGCUCUACGUGGCAAUAUGCAUGACGUAUACUAAGUACAAGGAAACCUCCUAAACUCCAUUCGAAGCCAGCUCAAUAGCGUAAUGGCCGAUGAGCUGAACCGAGUCUUUCUGUGGGGCAUUCCCCGCAGCUUGACUACAGUUUUCAUCAAGUGCUUGAGUUACGUCGACGGGAUCCAGAUUGCCACCCAACUCUACGCAGACGCGUUCUAUUUCGGCCCAGAUGCUAAGCGGCCCGUCACCACUCCCCAUCACCCGAUGGGUCCGAAACUGAACGCCCUCUUGGACGGUAUUUAUAAGAGCAAGGUCGCAGCUUCGGGGGUGGACCCAUCGUUGAUGUCUCUUGAAUCGAUCCGCAGGAUCUUAGAGGCGCCCUACCCAGGGAAGAAGGUCUUCUUGUGCAAAGAUCAGGCCCAAUAUCUGGAUGGUCGUUAUGACAUGUUGCCCAAGGGAUUCAAGUACAGUUUCAUAAUCCGGCAUCCUAACAAAGUAUUCCCAUCUUAUAAGAAGCACGUGCUGGGAGCACAAAUAGCGGACGACAUGCGGACCUGGCCGCCCAUAGUCCUUCCUCCGGGUCGCUGUUACAAGGAGCUGUGCGACUUGGUGGAGUACGUCCGAGAGAACAUCGAGCCUUCACCGGUCAUCCUGGAUGCCGACGAUCUGCUGCAGGACCCGGCGGGGAUCUUGUCCACUUACUGCUCCAAGAUGGGGAUUCCGUACUCCAGCAAGCUGCUGUCUUGGAAGCCAGGCAGGGACAUCACCAGCACUUGGGUGGGCACCAAGAUCUGUAUGAGUGUCGACGAGAAAGAUCCGGCCUACAGGAAUGUCUUCGAGAGUGAAGGGUUCAUCAGACCCUCGCCCAUCCCGGAUCUAGACAGUUUGCCAGAUGAUGUGCAGGCGUGCGUUCGGUACAGCAUUGGUUAUUACGAAGACCUCCACCGUCAAAGAAUCGUUGCAUCCAGGUGAGAUGCUAACCAUCAAUUGAAAUCACGGGAGAGAUUUACUGAAGAAACAAGAAACGAACACCCAAGAGACAAACAAACAAGGAACAGGUCGAAUCUUCCCCAUGCAUGCACAGGAAUGCAUCGAUGCAUGCCUGUGAUCGUGAGCUCUUCCCUGGUUUAUGGCGAAACAAUUGUUCCCCUACGGCACACAAGGCGUCUAGACGCAGACAGAAGAGACACUGCACGGCGGCAUUUGCAUUUUGCAAAACCAUACUCCAGUUUGAAACACAUGUACAUGUAUUUUGUAUGUGGUCAGCUAUUUUCUUGACGUUCGGGACUGCAUAAUUAUAGAAGUAAUGAGGAGAAAAUCUUGGGCAAAAUGCAUGCUAAACGAGAAACGCAUCGUUGUACGCCCGUCAUGCCACCCUGUGUGUAUAGGCUAUACUCAAGCGACUCAACCCAGACAGUAUAGGCAAGAAACUCAACUUCGCCAUUAAGUGUGUAUCACCGGGGCCUUUUCGGCGAUGCUCUUUGCAUCUGUUGACGUCGAUACAAAAACUAGGCUUUACUCGUCUGCCAGUCAACAGCGUAGGGGCGUUGUACUGAAGGACUCGAUUCCGGGGAUGACGAAUAUUUUUCACGCACAGCAUGUUUCUUUCGUCAACUUAGGCCUAAUUUGAUCGUGUCACUGAACGUUCGCGAGCUUUUGCGAUCACUACGAAAUGUCUAAAUAAAGUUUUUUGUUAUUUAAAGAUGUAAAAUAAUCAAUCUUGGAAGUAACGUUUUUCAAGCAGUGAAUCAUGAGAUUCUUUCACCGUGGGUUUUUUUCCGACACAGAAUGUGAAACCCACGAAAGUUGAGCCUACACUAAACUCAACCAUUCCGGUGGUCAAUGUAUUUUGAGGUCAAAUGCAAGAGCUUCGAUUUGGUGCAUGCUGUCUGUGUAUUCUGUCACGGCAGUUUUAAUUGACCCGAAGAUGCAGUUGAUAUUCCAGUAAUGUACAAUUUCGUAGGUUUUAAAAGUGUCGAUACAAAUGAGAAUCCAUUGGCUUCUAUCGACUUUACAUGGCUAUGUUGCAUUAAAAUCGUUGAGUAUUACUUUA